CUGGGAGCCGUAGUCCGGUGGCGCCGGCGGCGCGGGGCAGGCCGGGAGCCGCGGAGCGCUUCCGGGUCGCCGGUUCCCAGCGGGGCGGGGAGGAAAUGAGCUCAGGCGGCGGCCGCGGGGCUGCGGGCGGCCGCGGGCGGGGCCCCAUGGUUGUGACAGCUUUUCCCUUGCUGUCCUCGUCUGGUGACUCGUGACCCGUCACCAAUCACGGCGGAGUCUAUCAAGCCCACGCUCUGCAGGGUCGUCAUCUACCUCCAGAAGGAGAUGUCGGGGGACACGUGUCUGACCACCACCCUCUGCCCGGCCGCGGGGCCCAAGCCCAAAACCUGCAGCUUCAAAGGGGGCAGCCUUGGCAACAAGUACGUGCGCCUCAAUGUUGGGGGCUCUUUGUAUUACACCACGGUGCAAGUCCUGACCAGGCACGACACGAUGCUGAAGGCCAUGUUCAGCGGCAGAAUGGAAGUGCUCACGGACAAGGAAGGCUGGAUCCUUAUAGACCGUUGCGGGAAGCACUUUGGAACAAUUUUAAACUAUCUCCGGGAUGACACGAUUGCACUUCCAAAACACAGGCAGGAGAUCAAAGAGCUGAUGGCAGAAGCCAAAUAUUAUCUCAUUCAGGGCUUAGUGGACAUGUGCCAAGCAGCCCUGCAGGACAAGAAAGACUUGUAUGAACCUGUCUGUAGCAUCCCCAUUAUCACAUCUCCAAAGGAAGAAGAGAGACUGAUAGAAUCAUCAAUGAAACCUGUUGUUAAGCUGCUUUAUAAUAGAAGCAACAAUAAAUACUCCUACACCAGUAACUCAGAUGACAACUUGCUGAAGAACAUAGAACUGUUUGACAAACUCUCGCUCCGAUUCAACGGCCGAGUGCUUUUCAUUAAGGAUGUUAUAGGGGAUGAAAUCUGCUGCUGGUCUUUCUAUGGGCAGGGUCGGAAACUUGCUGAAGUCUGUUGUACCUCUAUAGUGUAUGCUACAGAGAAGAAGCAAACCAAGGUUGAGUUCCCCGAGGCAAGAAUUUAUGAGGAAACACUAAAUGUCUUACUGUAUGAAACCCCACGCGUUCCUGACAACUCCCUGCUGGAAGCAACCAGCAGGAGCCGCAGCCAGGCAUCUCACAGUGAGGAUGAUGAGGGGUUUGAACUUCGUGACCGAGUGCGCCGAAUCCACGUGAAGAGAUACAGCACCUACGAUGACCGUCAGCUUGGCCACUAGCACGUCCUUCAAGGAGAAGGGGGUUGGUGUCAAGGCUCAUGUUGAUAUUCUUUGAGGGAGAUCAGGAAGUAGGGAGGGAUUGGUUCGAUUCUGUGGAUUCAUCUUCAUUUGGCUUCUUGGCUCCAUAGAGAAGCAAAUGGGCAUUUGUGCACACAAAGCAACACUAAAAGCCAAAGGGCUUUCAGAGACGAUGUUUGUUUUGCACCAUGUGCUUUAAAUGCAGACUGGUCCCUUUUCAUGCCACACGAGGAAUGGAAUUCAGGAUGCUGAUUCUGACAGUUUGUGGUUGCUCUUUGAUGUCUAAAGACUUUGCCAGGUUUCUUACUUCCUUGAGAAGUCCUGCUCUUCCCGAAUGAGGUGGUGGGAUUUGAAAAGCUUUUCCCAGAUACCUGCCCUUUUUUAGGGCUUUGUAUAAUGGAACUUUGAAGUUUUUAAAUUGAAAUACUGAAGAGGGGGCAGAGAGAACUUGAACAUGGCUACUCUUAGUAAACACUGUCUGAUAACCCCCCAGAAGAAAUGGUUAGCUACCCUGUAUUCAGGUGCACUGCACUUGUGAUUCUUCCACCUCCUGUCCCAGUACACAUUCAAAGGUUUGUGUUGCAACAAAGCUUAUCUCUAAAAGUCAUUAAUUCUGAGGCAAGCUCUUCCAACGAGGUAAGACUCAAGUCAUGAGAAAACCUCCCCUAGUGGAAGAUCUGUAAUGAGUUGUCUUGGGAGAUGGAGAAAGGGGUUUGGGGAAGGAAGAAACCUUUUCAAGUAAGAAAACAUUAGGAAGAAAUCGUGGCAGGGUUGCUGUUCUUGAGGCCUGUGAUAGUGUAAUCCUGUUCAUAUAAACAAUGGCAGUCUGGGAAUUAGUUUUACAUUAGUUUCUUCCUGUGGCUCAGAAGUGCUAUUUGAUGUGAAAUUUCUCAAGCAGCAGGGGAAAAAUUGCAGUGACUGGGGAAGUACAGACUACCCAGUGUUCUGUAAGGCUAGAUGAUGUUCACAUAGGGAAGAGUGAAUUGUUUUGUGCUCUGAAUCCCUUCUCGAGCAUAGAAGUUGAAAUGGAAAGAGAAGAACAGUCAUAAAGAUCUUGUUCUAUCAUGAAACUGCAAGAGGCUUUGGGCACAGGAGAGGGGUAGCUUGUACUGAAUUUUAAACUGAAAUAAUCACUUCUGAGUGCUUGGCUGGGUGCUUAUUGUAAAGGGCCUUUCAGAAGGUUGGAGUCAAGGCAGCUCUGCACACUGGCUCUCUGGAAACAGUUUCGAGUUUAGUAUGAAAGGUCCUUACUGUAUUUUUAGAUGUUUGUGUGUAUCUACGUUGCAGAUUCCAGCAUUACCACUGCUCUAAACAGUGAUCACUUGAUGGCUGCUCACUGGCAGCUCUGCGCCUGUGGCAGCAGUGGAUCAUGCUCCACAACUGCUUUGCUGUUCUCAUGUUGUACAUGAACAUGGAAGCUUCAGAUUCCAUGAUGAUUGGUCUGGAACUGUUUUGGCCAGUGCCAAAUUUAUGUAUAAGUUUUAAAGCAAAUUAGUGCAAAAGCCUGACAAGAAAAUAAUCCCAAAUGAAUACAGUGAAGUCACAAGUAGAAUUAAGAUGGUAGAUGGUUUGGUUGUAAUAGAAGCAGUGGAAGGAACAUAAAAAUGCUUUCCACUCAUUUAGGUUUUUGAAACUGAAACUGUUGAGGCUUGAUAAGAAAACAGUAAUGGCUGCAAGCUGUCAGGAUUUCACUGCCCAGCCAGGCCUCUGCUUGUGUCAGGAAUUCCCUUAAUUCUCCCCACAUUCAGAAGGCAGCAUGGCCCCGGUGUUGCACCUGCCUUUUUGUGAAAGGCCUCUUUAAUAACCUCUUUUCUUUUUAUAUUUCUUCUGUAAGCUGUUUUCCAGCUGUUUUUUCUAUUGUGCCACUGAAAAUACAGCUGCUGAGAUGAGUUGUGACAAAGAUCUUGGUGGUUUUUUUUUUCUUUAAUUCUGUUAGAGUGUGAUGUGGAUAGUUUAAUUUUUUUCCCUCCACUGAUACUAUUUAAAUUACGCUGUGGUGGGUGCUUUGAAGCUCCCAGCAGAGCCUGUAGUGGUGGGGUCUUUGUCUGCACUUAAUAGCAUCCAUUUGGUCUAUUGUACUUUUUUGCAUCUUCUAGCAGGUAAGUGCCUCCAUGUGUGGCACUUCUGUGUCUUGGCAAAUGAUUCAGACUAUUUUUUGUUGUUACUAUCAUAGUGAGUGUUACCAGAGUGAGUGAUGAUGCUAGCCUAGCAAAACUGUGUUUAAAAGAAGCCAUCAACAGAAAAAUGGCAUCUUUGCCUUUCUUUUCUGUGGGUAGUACAGGUAUGGGAAGGAGCAUAUGAAAGAGAAUUGAGUAUCUGACCCACAUGCUAGUCCAGAGGGUUUCAUUCUGUGGUCAGAUUCUGUGCUCCCAGGUUUCAUUCAUGAAAUGGAUUCAAAUUGUGAAUUAUUACUCUCUAAGAAGCAGAGAAAAGCAUGUGUUUUGGUUUAUUUAGGUUUUUUUUUCCCUGUCUCCCAUAGCCAACAAGUAGUAUUAAUUUCAGAUUUGAAUUUAGAUGAAAUUAAUCUUGGAAACAAGCUGUUUUGAGAACCAUCUGGAUUGUGAGAAUCUUCUGAAAAGCGCAAAAUAACUUCUUGGUAUUUGUGGAAUAUCAGAACUGUAAGCGGUUAGGAAUGUUCUUUAAAUAUGUACAGGUUGUCUCUUCAUUUCACCUUCUUCUCUCAUCCCCAUUCAUUCUCCCUUCUCUACCCCCAGUUAGUACUGACCACAAAGCAUCUGCUUUUAGAUUAAGAUACAACUAGAACUGGAAUUAUAUUAAAGAGUGCUUGGCCAGUGUGGACAGAACGCUGUCAGUCUGUCAGCUUUACCCAGAGUAGAAAACUAAUUGCAUAAGCAUCUAUUCAAAAGACAUUUCAAAACCAUGGUCUUGAUGUUCUUUGUCCUGGUAAGAUUUUCAGGAUGUGGCAGAGAUCCCAGUUAAAUACCUGUGGCUGGGUUUGACUGGCAGUGCUGUGGUUCCCUCCACUGGUGGACAGACAGGAACAGGAGGACAGCAGGAAAUCCUCUGUGGAGAUGUGCUAUUCAGACGUGCACCAGGUUGAAAUGAUGUAGUGUUAGAGAGAUCCCCUCCCUUGGUGGGCUGCUGUUUUUUGGUAAAAUUUGGAAUUCCUGGAGUUUUUUCUUACCUGAAUGCUUACAGAAUUGGAUCAUUUACAUGAAAUCUCAGUAAAUGAAAUGCAGAUGUAGCUGCAGCUGUCACACAGUUCAUGGGUUGAACACUUCUCUAGUACAGGUGAUAGGGCACUAUUUUCUCUGGAGUCCUGCUCCAGUACAGGGUGUUAACUGAAUGUCCUUUCCACUAAAAUCAUGGCAUGAAGAUUUUUACAGUCUCUGUGCUACCAGGUUCUGAUAAUUUCAAAUACCUUAGUUUUGAGGUGACACAUGCUGUGUAUUCUAAUCCUAAUUGUGCUUUCCUUAAUUGAAGACUAUAAAUUGUUUUGGCAAGAACAUUCUAGAACAUAAUUGUACAACCUGGUAUAACAGAGAAAAAGCGGCACUGAAAAGGAUGGUGCAGUUUUGAAAUGCAGCAUUCACUCAUUUGUAGUAAGCUGUCUACCUUUGGAGAGGGCAGCCAGCUGUGCUUCCUAGGAGUAUUCUCUGCUGGCUUUAUAUAUCUCAAAUUAUGAUCCCUAUUAGGACAACAGAGUUCUAAUUAUAGGCAUUUGUCUACAAGGUAAGAGAAUUGUAAUGGAUUCCUCCAUAGACCAUCAUGCUGGGUGUGUUUACUGAUGUGUCUGUGAAUUUGUAGCCUCCUUUAGGAGGAACAAAUGCCUUUUUGCUUCAUUUGUAAUGGAUGAAUUCUAACCACAUCAGCUUGCAUUCGUUAGCUGCUGGAGCUCUUUCUGAAACCUUACUGUCCUUUUCACUCCCAAAUUUAAGUGAACUUUUGCACAGUCAGAUGUUAGAUUGAGAGGAGGAAUGGACGCCAUUAACUGCCAUCUGUACACCAGUACUGUAAUGAGGGGUUGCAUGUUUCUGUAAUGGGGUCCUCACAUACUGCAAAGCAGCCUGAGUCCUUCACGGGAGAAGGAGACGUGGUGCCUUGAGUGAGUGUGUGAUGUUAAACAGCUUCUCAGUACCAGUGUUAAUUAGGCAAUAAUGUCAGAAGAGAGAGCUCUGCAGGGGAGCAGCCUCCAACUGCUCCGUAAAUGCCAAGACAAAGCUAAAUGUUUAACCUUCACCUUGACAUUUAGAUUUUGGAGCAGGAGACGUUUAUCCUAUGGUAAUGUCCCAUUCCACUGGCUUUUUAUCUCUUGCACUUCUUGGUUAAAAUAUAAAAUAAGUGACGGAGACUGGGAGGGCAUAGGGGGGACUGGUACUAUGGAGCUAUUGAAAAGCUGCAUUCUACUUGGCACAAAGCUUAUUGGGGUUUUGCUCAGAGUUUCUUUUUCUCAAGGUUUUUUGAUUUUCAGACAUAAUUCAUUCUAGGAAAUAGCGAUGAAGUAUUCCUUAACUGAAUGUGUCUGGCCCAGCAGUCCCUAUCUUAUGCAAUUAGAUUAUAUCCUCUGACAAUCCUUGGCAUUGAACCUUUACAGCCAGAUUUCACACCAUCCAUUCUGCUAGGAGAGCUGAGGUUUUAUUAAGCCAUGAGUGGGCAUGAGUCCUGUUUCCAGCCUUGCCACUAACACAGUGACGUACAGCAAGCCAGGUUUUCUGUAGGUGCAUUAUUUUUCCUCAUCUGUAAUAAAAUGGUGGUAAGACCCUCCCCUACCUCAGAGGGACAUUGAAGCUUCAUUUGUUUAAUAAUAGUGCAGGUCUUUGGAUUUCUAUAAUAGAUCCAGAGGAUAGUAAAUAUGAUUUCUGAUCUUGUUUAAACUGACAUUCUGGGAUCAAGCAGUUUUCUUAUAGCAUCAGGCUUGGUUUUAUUUGUAUGUCUAACUUUUAAGGGUCACCCUUAUGGAUAAAAUAAUUAGUUAAUGCAGUAACCAUAUUAGCUCUUGAUUAAAAUGUUUUUUCUUUUAUCAGUGCAUUAAAUGGAAAUGGAACACUAAUUUUUAAUAAAGUGUUAUAUUUUGUCUUCUGUCA